AUGGCUGGUUCGAAGAAGCAUUCAUCAGCCAAGGCCAAAUCCGCCAGUGCUUCUGGAAAGGACAAGGUUUCUCGGGAUUAUGGUGAGAGUUUGGUGGGUUCAAGGAUUCAAGUUUGGUGGCCGAUGGACCGCAAAUUCUAUAAGGGAGUGAUUGAGUCCUUUGGUGUUUCAAACAAGAAGCACAAGGUUCUGUAUGAUGAUGGGGAUGUUGAGAACUUAAAUCUGAACAAGGAACGAUGGGCGAUGAUCGAAGAAGAAGAUGCUGAAGCUGAAGCUGAAGAGAUCUCCGUACAGGAGGAGUCGGGUAAUGAGAGCUCUGAAGCCACCCCAGAACCGAAGAAAGCUAAAACUAAUGGUAAGCCAUCUGGAAGAGGAAGGAGGGAUGAAGCUGUGCCGAAAAAGAAAGAAAAGAGCAAGUCCAAAGCCAAGUCUGGUAAGAAAGCAGAGGAUAGCGACGGAGAAAGAGAGAGACCGAAAAGGGGUGUGAAGAAAGCUGAGAAAUCGAACGAUGAUGAGAAGCAGAUCCAGAAGCCUGGAACUGAGAGAAAUGGCAAAAUGGGUGGUGUUGGCGGUAAGAUGGUAACAGCGGCCUCACGCAUCAGUGGAAGGUUCCAAAAAAAGGAGAAUGGUGCUGUGAAAGAGACUUCUAACUCCUUGAAAACUAGCACGAAGAUUUCUGAAUCAAACAACCCAACGCGGAAAAGGCGUCCUGCAUCAGAGGCUGUCUCGAAGGAUGUGAAAAAACCGAGGACUUCUUCGAGAAGGACCAGGAGCAACAGCACUGCUUAUGAUGAUGAAGAAGAGAUGUCUGCUGCUGAUGACGUCCAGGAUAAUUUAUCUGGUGGUGGCGAUGUGGAGGACAAUGUGUCUGGUGGUAGUGAUGAUGAGCAUUCAUCUGAUGAUGACUCCAAACCUAUUGUACCGUAG